GCGCUGCGGCCGCUGGCGCAGCUGGAGCGGCUCGAUCUCAGCGGUAACCGCCUGCGCGCCGUCGAGGAGGACGAGCUGCCGCCGCUGCCGAGUCUCACCGAGCUCAACCUAGCCGACAACGAGAUCGGGCGGCUGGCGGCGGGCGCGUUCGCGGCGCUGCCCAGCCUAACUAGCCUGAGCCUGGAGGGCAAUCGGCUGGACUCGAAUCAGCUGAGCCAGGGGGCGCUCGGCCGAUUGGGUGGCCUGCAGCAGCUGGCGCUGGACAGGAACAUGUUCAGCGGCGCGCUCACCGAGAACUUUAUCGAUGUGCUGCCCAACCUCACCAAGCUGACGCUCGCGCAGAAUAACUUCACGUCUGUGGAACCGGGGGCCUUGAUGGGCCUGAACAGUUUGAGGGUUUUGGACCUCAGUCAGAACAAGAUUGACGUGAUAGGGGACAGGAGUUUUUCCAAUCUGGGGAAACUGAACACUCUGCGACUAGAUACGAAUCGCAUAGUGACGCUUCCAUCCAGAGGGUUCAGCGGACUGAAGGCCUUGACGUCCCUGGAUCUCAGUCACAACUUCCUGCAGUCGUUGCCGAACGGGUCGCUUGUGAUGUUGUCCAAUCUUCGUGAACUCUUCUUGCGAGACAACGAUAUCAUCAAUUUAGAAGGAAAACUUUUCGACGGCUUGUCAGCACUAAAACGGCUGGAUCUCUCCGAGAAUCCUCUGCACUGCGACUGCCGCCUGCUGAGCCUGGCCAGCUUCCUGACGGCCAGCAAGGCACGGCUGAGCGGCGAUGACCUGGCUCAGGUCACCUGCAUGACUCCGUCCCACCUGGAGAAUGCGCCGCUGGCGCUGCUGACGCCAGACCAGCUGACCUGCGAGGAGAGCGUGCAGUACGACGACAUGGAGCCGCGGCCGGGCGACGCCAGUGAUCAGAUCCGGCUGGAGGCGGCCGAGCUGGCGGCCGACGGCGGCGGCGCGCGCCUCCACUGGCGCGUCGACCCGGCGCUCUCGCCCUACCGCUGCGACCAGGUGUUCGUGUUCGAGCCGCGCGACGACCACGAGCAGCACGUGGCGAGCGUGGCGGCCGAGUGCGGCGGCGCGCUGACCGACCCCACGCGCCUGCAAAUGGACGUGCGGUGGCCGGAGUUGCGAGCCGGCCAGCCCUAUCGCUUCUGCCUGGUGCUGGUGGAGCUGUGGGGCGGCCGGCCCGGCGUGGGCUUCGUGCGCACGGCCAGUCAGCCGCGCUCGUCCUCCGAGGAGAGCAUCCACAAGGAGCAGGAGGAGACCGACUCGCAGGUGUAG